UUUUUUUUUUGUUCUUCAGCUGCUAAAACAGAAAUUACAUUUGGACAUAAUUUUCCUAUCAUCAGUUUAUACACAUCAGCAGUUUACUUUCAGUCUUAAAUAGUGCACAACAUAAUAUUGGUUUAAUAUGAGGAAGCAGGAGUAAGUGAUCUGCAAUCAGAAAGCUUGUAUUAAAAUGGCUCCCACAGGUUUUGUUAAACUAGGAUCUGUUUCAAAUCUGCACCUCCAGACACACUGCUGACAGUGAAGCAUAUUUGUAUAAGCUGUCCUUGUGCAUGUAAUGAAACAUAGCAUCAUGAGUCUGUUAAAGUUCACUAUUUUUAAUCACUCAAAUAUAAUUCUUUUAUAGUUCACAAAAAAUAAAUGUCUGCAUUGCAGCAAGAUGUCUGAGGCAAGGUAGAGACAGCAGUGUUGUUUUACAGAUCAGCCCAAUCGCGCUGCUCCAUGGAGUACUGGAGCCAAUAGAAGCAGAGGGUAGGUUAAAGAUUGACAAUUGCAGUGGCAAGACUGAGAAAGGCCUUCUGGAAAUUUCUACCAUCUUUGUUCCAUCUAAGUAAAGCAAAUUCAGCCAAGCUGAAGAAUUUCAUAUAUUUUUGGUGCUUUGUCAAGCUUGGCUGAAGAGGAAAUAAAGGCAGAGCAGGAGGUGGUGGAGGGGAUGGAUAUCUCCACUCGAUCCAAAGAUCCUGGCUCUGCUGAACGCGCAGCACAGAAAAGAAAAUUUCCCAGCCCUCCACAUUCCUCUAAUGGCCACUCACCACAAGAUGCAUCAACAAGUCCUAUAAAAAAGAAAAAGAAACCUGGUCUAUUGAACAGUAAUAAUAAAGAGCAGUCAGAACUAAGACAUGGUCCGUUUUACUAUAUGAAGCAGCCACUCACCACAGACCCUGUUGAUGUUGUACCACAGGAUGGACGGAAUGAUUUCUAUUGCUGGGUUUGUCAUCGGGAAGGCCAAGUCCUCUGCUGUGAACUCUGUCCUCGGGUUUAUCAUGCUAAGUGUCUGAAACUGACAGCGGAACCAGAGGGGGAUUGGUUUUGCCCAGAAUGUGAGAAAAUCACAGUUGCAGAAUGCAUAGAAACACAGAGUAAAGCAAUGACAAUGCUCACCAUUGAACAGCUAUCAUAUUUACUGAAGUUUGCACUACAGAAAAUGAAACAGCCAGGGACAGAGCCAUUUCAAAAGCCAGUUUCACUGGAUCAACACCCAGAUUAUGCAGAAUAUAUCUUUCAUCCAAUGGACCUUUGUACAUUAGAGAAGAAUGUUAAAAAGAAAAUGUACGGUUGCACUGAAGCAUUUUUGGCUGAUGCCAAAUGGAUUUUGCACAACUGCAUUAUUUACAAUGGGGGAAAUCACAAAUUGACACAAACAGCAAAAGUCAUCAUCAAAAUCUGUGAGCAUGAGAUGAAUGAAAUUGAAGUAUGUCCGGAAUGUUAUUUAGCUGCUUGCCAAAAACGAGAAAAUUGGUUUUGUGAGCCUUGUAGCAAUCCCCACCCAUUGGUCUGGGCUAAACUCAAAGGUUUUCCAUUCUGGCCUGCUAAAGCACUGAGGGAUAAAGAUGGGCAAGUUGAUGCCCGUUUCUUUGGCCAACACGACAGGGCCUGGGUUCCAAUAAAUAAUUGCUACCUCAUGUCUAAAGAAAUCCCUUUUUCUGUGAAAAAGACUAAAAGCAUCUUCAAUAGUGCAAUGCAAGAAAUGGAAGUUUAUGUUGAUAACAUUCGUAGAAAAUUUGGAGUAUUUAAUUACGCACCUUUCCGGACACCGUAUACCCCCAACAAUCAAUACCAAAUGUUACUGGACCCUGCAAACCCAACUGCUGGAACUGCAAAGACAGACAAACAAGAGAAAAUCAAACUGAACUUUGAUAUGACAGCAUCGCCUAAGAUUCUAAUGAGCAAGUCUAUGCUGAGCAGUAGUACUGGUCGUAGGAUUUCACUGACAGAUAUGCCACGGUCACCAAUGAGUACAAAUUCAUCAGUUCACACUGGAUCUGAUGUUGAACAGGAUGCAGAGAAAAAAGCAACUUCCAGUCAUUUUAGUGCCAGUGAAGAAUCCAUGGACUUUAUUGAGAAAAAUACAGCUUCUCCAGCACCAACAAGAACGGGUCAAGCAGGGAGCUUGUCAGGCAGCCCCAAACCUUUCUCUCCCCAAGCAUCAACACCGAUUUCUGCUAAGCAAGAAAGAACUUCCACUCCAGGAAGCAUUCUGAAUCUGAAUCUUGAUCGUAGCAAAGCUGAGAUGGAUCUGAAAGAGCUGAGUGAGUCAGUCCAACAGCAGACCACUCCUGUGCAACUCAUUUCACCCAAACGACAGAUACGUAGUAGGUUCCAGCUUAAUCUUGACAAGACAAUAGAGAGUUGUAAAGCACAACUUGGAAUAAAUGAAAUAUCUGAAGCUGUUUAUACUGCAGUAGAACACAGUGACUCUGAAGAUUCUGAAAAAUCCGACACCAGUGACAGUGAAUAUAGUGACGAGGAUCAGAAAUCAAAGAAUGAUCAAGAAGAUGGAGAGGACAAGGAAGGUACAAGAAGUGACAAAGAAUCAUUGACCUUGAAAAAAAAAACUAAGCCCCCAGCACAGAAUGAAGACAAGGAGGAACUUAAAAGCACAAGUCCAGAAGUGGAGAAAACAGAUGACCUGGUCAAAGAAAAGUCAAUUUCAGACACUGAAAAAGAAUUUUCUGAAAAGGGAAAAAGUUUACAGCAUCCUGCAAAAGAAAAACUGAAAGGUAAAGAUGAAACAGAUUCCCCAACUGUGCAUCUAGGACUGGACUCUGAUUCAGAGAGUGAACUCGUCAUCGAUCUAGGAGAUGAUCAUUGUGGCCGUGAAGGAAGGAAAACCAAGAAAGACUCUAAAGAAACUCCUCCUAAACAAGAUGUUGUAGGUAAAACACCACCUUCCUCCAGUGCAAGCACCCAGUCUCUACCAGAAACUCCAGUACUUACGCGCUCUACAGCCCAGACUCCACCAGCUGGUGUGACAGCCACUACUAGUGCUUCUUCUACUGUUAGCGCUCCAUCUGCAGCCACUGGAAGCCCUGUGAAGAAGCAGAGGCCUCUGCUGCCGAAGGAAACAGCCCCUGCUGUGCAGCGUGUGGUGUGGAAUUCUUCAAAUAAAUUUCAGACAUCUUCUCAGAAAUGGCACAUGCAGAAGGUGCAGAGGCAGCAGCAGCAGCAGAGCCAGCAGUCUCAGUCACAGCAACCUCAGUCCUCUCAAGGGACAAGAUAUCAGACAAGACAAGCAGUUAAAGCUGUGCAGCAAAAAGAGAUCACCCAGAGCACUUCCACAUCCACUAUAACCCUGGUUACAAGUACUCAACCUAUUUCUAUGGUUACCAGUUCUGGAUCUGCAAGUACACUUUCUUCCUCAGUUAAUACAGACUUGCCAAUUGCAACAGCUUCAGCUGAUGUGGCUGCCGAUAUUGCUAAAUACACUAGCAAAAUGAUGGAUGCCAUCAAAGGAACAAUGACUGAAAUAUAUAAUGAUCUGUCAAAAAAUACUACUGGAAGUACAAUAGCUGAGAUACGGCGUUUGAGGAUUGAGAUAGAAAAACUUCAAUGGCUACAUCAGCAGGAGCUCUCAGAAAUGAAGCAUAAUCUAGAACUGACAAUGGCUGAAAUGCGUCAGAGUCUAGAACAAGAACGGGAUCGUUUGAUCGCUGAAGUGAAGAAGCAGCUGGAACUGGAAAAGCAGCAAGCAGUGGAUGAAACUAAAAAGAAGCAGUGGUGUGCUAACUGCAAGAAAGAGGCCAUUUUUUAUUGCUGUUGGAAUACUAGCUACUGUGACUAUCCCUGCCAACAAGCUCACUGGCCUGAGCACAUGAAAUCUUGCACACAGUCAGCUACUGCAACACAGCAAGAAACAGAUACUGAAAUUAGCACAGAAACAUUAAAUAAAUCAUCCCAGCCCAGUUCAAGUGCGCAGCCUACGCCUACAGAAACAGCUAGCACCCCUAAGGAAAAAGAAGGUUCAGCUGAUAAAAGCAAAGAGAGUGUUACAAUAGCAACAGGUGUGACAAGCAACCAGCCUAUAAAACUGGUCCAGGUACCGCAGACCACCACCUAUAUUCCAACUACUCAACCCACAAUUGUAAGUACAAUAUCAUCAUUUCAAGUCUGCAGUAGUAGUGUUCCUGGCAUUAAAAUUGCUCAGUAUUUCUGGGGGGUUGUCUCCGUCUGCUGUUCUGUCAAGAGAUGAAUUCACUGGUAUAGUCUCAACUUGCAGUGCAAAAUGUCUUAUUUUGCUGUGCAACAUUCCACCCUUUCAUUUCAUCAUUCAUUAUUACAGGGAUUCAGAAAUUGUCAUAAAGUAUAGUGAAGGCAUUGAGGGCAGUCAGACUUCCGCUUUACAACAUUAUUAUGUUGGUUAUCUCUCCGUUUCAUGUAUAUACUUGACCACAACAUCAAUGUAAAUAUAUAGAAUACAUUUUAAAUAUCUUUUAAAUAUCUUUUUGUCUGUUGUAUCCUAAAGAGAUUUAAUUAUUUCUGAGCUAUGCUUGAUAUUCCUGUGACAUCUCAGUAACUCUGAAAGGAAACAUGCAUUCAUCAGUAGCGUAUCUCCCAUGCAGCCUUGCACAUUAGUGUUACGAAAUUAUGAGAAAUAGCCUUGGAAUCAGACUGUUUUUUCCAUCAAAGACGUAACCAAGGAGACAUGAACUCCCAGGAGAUGGGACACAAGUGAUUUCCAUUUUUGUAUUUUAUGCAUCAGAAUAUCCCAUAAUUUCAACUGGUCAUGUUCUGCAGAGCUCACCUUGGAGUCAGCGUGGCAACUGAGCUGAUACCCUUCUUACUAAGAGGCACAUACUGAUACUGCCCCAGUAGCUGAACAGUACGCUCUGCCUCAGGGCUGGCAUCAGCAGAGAAGCCCACAUGUAACUUCAGUUCCCUUUCUGACUAAAGUGAGAUGAUUUAUAAAGCAACUAUGAACCACUGGAACAGUGUACCUUAAUCACACUGUGACCAUGAGGCCUGGUUUGCAAUGGAAGUUACUCUGUCUCUCUCCUUGUGCGCACCCCACAGCUCCCCCAGCUGCAGGAUACAUGACUCUGUGUGUAUGUAUGAAUACACACAAUAUUUCAUAGCCAUUAGAGUCCACACAAAUGUUACUGCUCUUCGUGGGGAUCAUGACUUUUCACAUUCCUAGGAGCAUUUUAACUCCUUUUGUCUCAACUGAGAGCACUGUGCACCUUUGCAGCAUUGGCCUGAAGUUGCUUGGACUGAAUUACUAUAACAACAAGGGUUUAUGUGUGUUUUAAACUCAAACAGCAAACAUCAAAGACAUUAGGCUUUUUUUUUUGUGAGUAGCUGAGAGGUUGUAAGAUCAUAAGGUGGUUUUGUGUAAUACCCAGAAAAAUGGCAGUUCCCUUCAUUGGUUUUCUGUAAUACCCAAGUGUAUUGAGUUCUGUACAGCAUAAUUGGAGUGUCUGAAAGGUUUCAGCCUUUAUUUGUGCAUGUUUAAAUCUCUGUACACAUUUGCAUUAGUCUUGCACAGCUACAGACACCUCUGUAUUCUAAUGACUGCACGUGCAAUUUAAGUAAUUUUAAACCUUAGUGCAUGUUUAAUAUGUAUGCAAAAUGUACAUAUGUGUAAAACUGGCAGAGGUGGAAAAUUUACCUCUCAGGGAGUGAUCUUAACACACUUAAGGAGUCUCGCACAUUCCAUGUCCCGAUCGCUGUAAGAAUGGAAACAUUUUCAUUGUGUAGUUGUGUAUUUAAAAGGUGACUAUGGCAACCUGAAUUUCCCCACCUGUGGUACUAACAGUAGCUUACACAGUGGUUUCUUUAGGGUUCAAUUUGCACUUUGUGUCCAGCUAGGAACUUCCUCCUCUGAACAACUUCCCGUGUAUCUUCUGGGUACCAUUUCCAUUGAACCCUCUGUACACACCUGAAAUCAUUGCAAAAUGGCAGUAAUCUUUAAUUUAUUUAGCAGAUUGGUUCCAUGUUUGUGUGUUAUUAUUUCUGCAGUUAAAAUAAUGUAAAAAUACAAAUUCAUCAUCUUUGCAUUCCAGGGAAUGGGAUGAGUAGGCUUCUGGAAGGCACAGACUGUCACAAAGGAGCUGAUACGCACUCUAGGCUGCAACCCAUCUCAGUAGGGAUACUCAGAGUCCCUGCUGAAUACCAUCAAGACACUAACGUGGUUUCUUAAAACAGUGUGGGCAAACACUGGGCUUCAGUGACCUUGUAUUUCUUCUUCCGUGCUCUCUUUGGAAUGUCACACUACCAUCAGGGGGAAGAUCCAUGCAUCCCUUUCAGAUUCCUCAGGAUCUCACUUCCUGUCUCCUCUGCAACAUAUUGUGAACUGAAACGGAUGCAGUUGUGCAGCACUGGAAUUGUGUCGAAACAUACUUGCAGUUUGUAUGGUACAGACAUUUCUAGACUUCCUCACGUUUUUGGAGGAAGGUUAAGACACAGACUUGAGAUCCAAUAAAUCCUUUCCCAGAUCUUCCAGAGUGACGUGACCUUGACCAGAUUGUUUAACAUCCUCAUGCCUUUGUCUCUGCAUCUGUAGAACCAGUUGCCACCUAUAGAGAUGUCCUGAAAUGUCAUUUGUCAAGAUGUAUAAAUCAUGAGCUGUAUGAUGGCAGUGAAAAGUUUAUAUUAAUAUUUUUACAGGGUGUGUAAGACAGUUCCCAGUGAUGCUGAUGUUUUUGCUAUUGAUUUGUGCAAAAGUUAAGUACUUUUUUGUUCAGGUGGAUGUUCUUUGUUCACUUCUGUGUAGACUGAAUGCAUGGGGGAGUUCCUUUUGGGGACAGAUCUUUAAGUAAUGUGUAACAAGAAUAUACUUUAAACGAGGGUAUUUUUGUACUCCAGUUUGAUUUGUCAGAACUUUUUCAAAUGACAAAGGAUUUUCUUAGCCCUUUUUCCUCUUCCCAUGCAUUAGUUUUGGGAAAACACAGAACUGGAUGUAACUAUGAAAACCGACCUCUCCAAUCACAGACAGAGUGUGUACAGUACCCGUAGGACCACCUGUCCCUGUAGUUAUGUAGUAGUAAUCCUAAUACAGAAAAACUCCUGGCUACAGGAAAGUAACACACUACUUCCUACCCUGGAAUGAGGUAAUGCUGCAGUAAUAAAGGUAUUAAUUCAUGCACACAGUUGGAGCUUGCUCUGGAUUUCCCCUGGAAAACAAAUCUCUCUGUGGUCAUGUUUGUGACCUGUAACAUAACAGUGUGUUUCUCUUGGUUUUAAUCCACAGACCAUUCCUGUAGCGGUAAGUCCUUCUGCUGGGACAGUGGCAAUGCGAACUGGAGUUCAGUGUGUUCAGACCACAAUGCCAGUCCAAGUACGAAGAGUCUAACUGCUAACAAGGAGUCCAUACAAUUGUUGGAAUAAAUAGAUCUAAUAGAAAUGUGAAAAAUAAACACAGUUCUUUGGAUUAACCUCAAAGGUUCAGACUUUAGCUUUGUAUAUGUGUACAAAGCAGUAACUACACUACAUUAAUGUAAAGCAUUAGCGCUGGCUUAGAAAAGGUGAGGACAGGUAAGAUCCCUAUUAAAUCUAUGCUUCUUUUGUAAAUAAUGUACAAUUUGUGGAUGUCAUUAGAGUACCAUCUCCUUUUUAUAUUUGUAUUGACUUUAACUUAUAAAGAGCGUUUGGAGUUGGAAAAGGAAGGCUUAAAACAGCCUUAUUACAAGCUGACGCUGAAAACUGGUCUUGGGAAACUGCCAUUACGCAUCAAAUAAUAUGAUCAUGAGAUCUGAACAAUCUGAUUUGCAUUUGGAUUGAAAACAAUUUCUGCACUUUGAAACUCUUGUAGAAUUUCUUUGAGCAACCAAGUGAUGAAAAGAGUCUUUUUUCAGUUACUUGUAUUGGGCAAAUUGCAACAUUUCUAAUCUGUGUACCUGAAAUACAUAAAGAUUUACAUGGUUUUUUACAAUGAGCAGUCCAUUCAAAUUUGUAUUGUUUACAGAUUAAGUUGAAAUCUCAUUCAGUCUAGUAUCAGAAACGUUGGAAGGUGUGAUGAUGCCAGCUGGGUGUAACACAGUGUCUGAUCAUCGAUAGCAAGGAUUGAAAAGUUUGUUCCUGUGCUUCACAGUUCAGUUUUCUUUUCGUACAAAUCCUCCCAAAGGACUUUGGACAAGAACCAGGUGCGGAGAAAAACAUGGAUGGGGAAAGGCAGGCAAAGGACUUUUGGUGCUGGGCCAGAGCAUGUAUUAUUUAUAUGAUGGGAUUUAUGUUUUUAUGUAAGCAUGAAGCAGUACAGUAUGAGAGAAAGUAACCCAUGAAAAUGCCGUCUGUUACACUUAUACUGUAGUACCAUUUUGUAUGUUGUGUAAAACGAAAGCAUUGAACAAAGCAAAGGUGAUGUAUGUAUAUGAGAAAAUUAAUUGUAUGAUAUCAUUCCAGUACAUUCUGUUGUACAUUUCAGUCAUGUUGAUUUCUCCCAUUGUUUAUAAAAGAAUGCGGUUUGUACAGUCUCCAGCUAGAACCCACUUUAGAGGGGAAAAAUAUUAGACGAAAACAAGCGAGAACAGACUGUUGGUGACUUGCAGUUGUGUCAGAAAUAGCCUAGCUGGCCUUAUUUGUGAAGCAUAAUUGCUUUUAGCAUAUGGAAGUAUUUUUUCACAUUUUCUUUGUAUAAAAUUUGUAUUAAACUUAAAUAUCUUUUUUGA